CUAGAAUAAUCUCACUUUUCUCUCUGAUAAUGUUCCUUUGGUUCUUUUUUCCUUUAAUGAAUUUAGAACGAAUUUUACAGUUUUUUUGCGCUUUAUGUUUUAGCGUUUUGUAAUCUGUAGGAAUAGAGCUGAUUUUUUUCAAUCGCUUACCAGUUGAAAUUCAUUUUGUUUGAUUGUCAAUUUUUUUUGCUCAAAAUUUUUGAUGAUGAAUGAGCAUUUAGUUGACUAUUUGCACGUUACCUUCUCCAAGCAAUUUGCAUAAACUGAUUAUAGGCCACAAUUUCAUGAACAAAAUUUACAUAUUGGAACUUGUUUGCGAAAUUCACAGGGUUUCUAAAUCCUUUGCCUUGAAUCGAAAACUGUUCGUCUUUGUUGAGAAUUUUUCGAACGCUUUACAGCGUAUAUUGUUCCAUAGAUGCUAACAUAUGUGGUUUUUGUGAGGGAUUUUUGGCAUUCUUCUGAAAACAAGAGGCUUGAUUUUUCAGAGGAUUUUCACCGCUCUUUUGCGUGCAAAAAGGCUUCACUUUCAAUGGAUUUUUCAGUUUCUGUGAAUCCAAAAGGACCGAUUGUUUGAGGAAUUUCCAUUUUCUCAGCUCCUAAAAGGACUUGGAUUUUGAAGAAUCCUCAAUUGUUAAAGGCCUGAUCGUGAUCUUUUUCAUGAAUUUGCACAGGCUUAAAGUUAUUAAAUCAAAUAUUAGGAAGAGAAGAACGAAACAGCGCUCCACAUUUGCUUUUUCUCCGAAUUGCUUCGAGAUUUGAAGAAGUAUGCAGGCUUCAAUAUUCUGUGAUUCUUUAACGAGACACUUGACCUCACUUUCACGGAACUUUAAGCACUUGAGCAAGAAUAAUUCAUAGAAUCUAAAGGUUUCCUGAAAGCUCUAAACUCAGGGUUCCUCUCUUUUUUUUUGUUUCCCUUCUCAUCAUUAUUUUUUGAGUUUUCAUGAGAUUUUAGGGCGAAAUCUGGAGCCAUUUGUCAGACCGAAAGCUUCAUAUUUGCUAGUCUCUAAUGGCCUAAAACCUAAAACCUAAAACCUUAAAGUGAACCCCAGCUUUUCCUCAGAAAAAAACAGCAAUAUAGCAAACAAAAACCCUAAUUUUUCCACUUUCAAUUUCUCUGCGUCCUGAGCGUCUUUUGCAGAGAAGGAACGGACACGAUGUUUUUUACAUCAUAUAUAUGCAUUUCUGGCCGUCCGAUCUAUCGCAAACUCGAUUGAACAAUAACGGUCGACCUGAGUCUUCACCCGACCUAUCGAGCUCCCCUGGUCGUCCGUCGUCGGAUCAUCCGGAGCUAAUCGCGAGUAUUUGUCCAGGUUCGGCGACUUCUUCUGGCCGCACGGGAAGGAUUAGCGCGAUGGUGGCUAACGAUGAGUCCUCGCCCUCGCCCUCGCCCAAAUCGGCGUGGAAUUCGCCGAGGAAUCGGGUGAAGUUUCUGUGCAGUCAUGGGGGAAGGAUCCUACCACGACCGUCCGAUGGACAGCUUAAGUACGUCGGUGGCGAGACACGUGUCAUCGCCGUGCCACGCGAUGUUUCCUUUUGCGAUCUUAUGAAGAAGCUAACAAAGCUAUUCGAGGCAAACGUGGUGCUGAAGUACCAGAUCCAGCCUGAGGACCUUGACGCCCUGGUCUCCGUCACAUCUGAUGAAGACCUUCGCCACAUGAUGGAGGAGCACGAUCGCUACGAGCGACAGGAGGGUACCCCAAGGAUUCGGACCUUCCUCUUCUCAAGCCGGCCCCAUGCCCUCGAGCUUCGAUACAGUAGCUCAAUGUCAGACCUCCAUCACCUAUCAGAACAUAGAUACCGGGAAAACCUGGCAGAUGCCCACAGCCUUGAGCAACGAUACAUAGAUGCAAUCAAUGGCGUGCGUGGGGCUCGACAGGCUUCCCUAAUGUCCUCUACCUGCUCAUCUCCUAAGUCAAGUUUACCAGACUGCCCCUUUUUGUCAGAUCACGACCACGACCACGACCAUGAACCCCUGUCCCCCAGCUCAGUGGUGCCCAAACCUAUAGAGUUACAAAGAGUUCACAGCUCUCCGAACCUCCUGCAAGGAUGGCACCAGAUGAGCACUGGUUGUGUCUCCCUAGCUUACCACCCUCCGAGGUGGCAUGGAAACCAAGGUGGGAGUGCUAAUUUCUAUAAUAACAAUUACAGGGGUUAUAGUGGUGGUGGUGGUUCAACUGCUGGGAAGGUUCAUCGUAUGUGUUAUCUAAACAAUGGGUAUGCAAGGGCCCCCACCCAUCCUGCUUCGAGGUAUUACUACUCUCCUUUUGCACAGCAACAGAGAUGUCACGAGGACCCGGGUUGUGCUCAUCCAGUAGAGAAGGGGUGUUGGUAUAGAGGAAGUGGAGAGGGAGACGACCUUCCCCAUGGCUCCCUGCAUGGCAGAAAGGGUGUUAUGUGAGUGAGCAUGUAGUAAGUAGUGAAGCCAAUGGUAGCAACAUUUAAGCUGUUGUUCAAGAGAGCUUUUAAUUUGAGGUGUGAAUGCAUUCUUCUUGUGGUGCUUGCGAUGUUUAUGGGGUUAGUAUAGUGGCCAUGAUCUUGAAUCUUGAGUGAGUUUGCAGGGACUUUGGUCAUGGCCCAUUGAAGCCAAUCUCAGCGAUUGUACUAGAGAACUGGAAACAUGGCUGGAUUGCAAAAUUUAUCCAUUGAUGUACAUUAUCUGUAAAAGUUUCUCAUGGUGUAUGUAAAAGUUUCUCGGGGUGUUUCUAA